GCGAAGGGGGAAAAAAGUCUUCAGUGGUGCUCAGACUAGUGUCUCUCAGCUCCCUGAAAAACGCUGUAAAGUUUUGUCAGUGACGAGUAAACUCAUGAAAGAAACCGGGCGACGGACAGUUUUAAAGCUGGACUUGUGGUGCUGUUUUCUUUUUUCGCUGUAAUUGUGUUUUUUAGAGAUUUUAAACUGGUUGGUUUGUGACGCGUAGUCGCCGGGAUUUCCUCUCAUCUCGAAGUUCCCAAGAUGAACUUCGGUCCGUCGGUCGGGAAACUUUCUGUGUUUGCGGCAGCGCUCCUCAUCGGGCUGGUUUGUCACGCAGCAGAACCUCCAGCAUCUCAGUGGUCCAGCGAUGAACACACAAACAAAAAUCUCACUCUUCGACGACACAGGACAUGUGUUGAGAAUGAGCAGUACCUCCACCAGGGACUCUGCUGCCUCAAUUGCCAGGCUGGAUCCUUUGUGCAGAAGGGAUGUGAAAGAGACCAAGAACAAGGGACAUGUCUUGGCUGUGACCACGGACAGACCUACACAGAGCACUCCAACGGGAUGAACCGAUGUUUGCCCUGUACACACUGCCGCUCAGAUGAGACUCAAACUGCACCCUGCACCACGACUACAGACACCAGGUGUCAGUGCAGACCAGGGACCUUCUGUGUCCCAGAUCAGGCCUGCGAAGUCUGCAAACGUUGUGCCAAGUGUAAAUCAGGAGAGGAGGAGGUGAAGAAAUGCACCCCGUUCUCUAACACGGUGUGUCGGAAACGGGAUCCGUCCCCAACCAAAACCUCCCCAGCCCUUCCUUUACCGACUCCUACCUCUUCUGCAGACAUUGUUACUCCUAUAUGCAUUUCCCUGGCCAUCGCCUUCAUCAUCAUCAUCGCGGCUGUGUGGUGGUUCGUAAUCAAGCAGCGUUCAUGGGAAAUACCAUGUUCAAAGAGCCACUGUGAUUCCAGUGAAAUUGUGAAGAUUCCUAUUGAUGAGAGUGGAGCUACAGCGGAGGAGAGACAGAACAAUCAGAACGCAGGUCUGGAGGGGGAAGAGUCUCGCCCAGAGUCCCGGCCCCUGCUGCAGGAGACCCAGUCUGUCAUGACCAAGGCCUCCCCUCCCCUCGAAGAUGAGGACCGAGGACUAGGAGACAGUUUGCCCAACACCACUAGUUCGUCUCAAACUAGCCUGUCGGCCCUGCCCACUGCAGCUUCCUCUGGUAACACCCCACACCAGAGCCCCACUGCCAUCAGACCGCCGCCUGCAGACAUGGAUGAUCCUUUGCUACAUCGAUUGGUGCCACUACAAGGGUCAGAAAGAUCCCUAAAGAAGAGCUUUGAUUUGUUCGAUGAGUACCUGGAUGUGCGGAUCCAUAACAAGUUUUUCAGAAUGAUUGGAGUCAGUGACAACCACAUUCGGAUUGCGGAGAAUGGAGCCCCUGUUGACAAAGUGUAUGAACUGCUGAAGAACUGGAUGCAGAGGCAGGGCCUAAAAGCCGACAUCAACGACCUGUUAGAGGCUUUGCUAAGUAUGGACCAGCGACGCUCGGCUGAGAGCAUCGCCUCCGCAGCCCUGCAGAGAGGCUACUACAAGCACGCAGACACGCCCUGAAAGCUGAAGUAACGGGGACUGCGAAUGAAGUAAACACAAAAUACUUAACACAAGAACAACUAAAAGCACAUAGACACUGUCAGUGGACAUUGUGUUACGAACGGGGCUUACCUCUCUGUGGCGGACCGGCCACGUAUUCAAAAGCCAGUAGUUUUAAAAAAGAAAAACACAAAAAGGGGAAGGUCGAGCCGUAUUUAUCAGAGCUCUGAAGAUGUUGACUACUUGCCAAAUGCGGAGGUGUAAUAAUGAAAAAGUUUUGUGGUCAAAUUGAACAACCUUACUGCCAAAGACAACCAUGAUAAUGUGUUCCAAAAGAGCAGAUUAACAUGAAGGUGUCAGCGUCCACAGGCAGAAACGGCUGCAUGUUUUAGGCUCCAAUGAAGAAACAUGCAUCCAAAUACUGAAAGCUUAGAAGUCUCUGAGCGCGUGUCACACAUCUGGUCCUCUACCCAGAUCACAAUACACUACCUGGAGACGAGGAUAUACACUGGUUAGUAGUGGCAUUAGCUGUGUCACUAAUACUGUGCCUCUUUGAUGCACUGUCCUCUGGCACAUGUAGUAUUUAAAACAAUCGUGCUAUAUUUGUUGUUUUAUAGAUUUAGGCUUCUCUGAAACCAUAUAUAACAGUACAUGGACAUUUUCUUGACUAAUGGUAGGAAAAUAUCGUCCAUUUGUUAUGACGGUCAAUUUGCAGCCUUACUAAUCAUUAGUUUUACCUCUUCAGUGCCAUUUGAUAAUCUAAAUGUAUUUAGCUAUCAUUUCAUUAUGUUCAUAGAGCGUAAUGAUUACAAAAUGUCGUAGAUUUUGUACAGUCAAGUCACAUUGGAGAAAUGUUUUCAGUCUUUGUCUUCCGGCCUUUUGUGUGUUCAGUGUUACUACACACACACACACACACGCGCACACACACACACACACACACACACACACACACACACACACACACACGACAUUGUAGAAGGAAUAGUUUCUGUUGGAACAAUAGUUUAGUCAAAUGUUUCCAUGGAGAAUUUCAAAGGUCAUUUUUAUUUAUUGACAUAUUUAUUGUAAUGAAUAAUAAUUCACUUUUAUUAUUUAUACCAUUACAAAAACAAAUGACCCUGGAAAAUAAGCAUGCGCUGUAUUUGUGUUUUGAUAACGUUUAGCUUCAGGGCAAAAUGACUGACAACAUUUUCAAGGCGGGGUUGGAACGAACUGUUUAGUUAAACUCUGUUUAUGCUUGCCGCACUGUUUGGUCCACACCAUCAAUGUUACGUGUGCCAUUUCUUCACCAGAGUGUGGAAGCUUUCAUGAGGCUAAAUGCCCAAUGUGUCAUUUCAAAUCGGCAAUGAGGUGACACCAAUCUUAGAAAAUGAGGAUUGACGUGUUGAGUCCAACCGUUAAAGCGAGCCAACUGAACAAACAGUGCUCCUGCACAUGUCUGUGGUGACAUGGCAUGCAGGUACAGACUGUUUUGACUUGAUUAGACUCAGACAAGAUGAAGGAAACCUUUUUUUUUUCUGGAUUUAAGAAGAAGCUCAGAUUUAUUUUCCUCAUUCUGCCACAUGUACAUACAAAUUCAGUCCAGAGAGCAUUGAAGCCUCACAAAGUGUAUAUGUGUAUAUAUGCAGCUCUAUUAACAAACCAAAAUGAAUAUAGAAAGGUAUGAAGUCAUUAAGAACAACAGAAACACCAACCACAUUAGUUGGCUGUUGACAUUGUGACAUUUUAAACUAGAUUUUGCCCAUUUUUCUGUAGUCUCUUAUGUAAAAAGAAAAGAGUUAACAGAGUUAUAUAUUAUUGCUGAAAAGCGAUGCUACAGUGCUGGCGCUGCCAUCUAUUGACAGACAAUGAAAAUACAGCCGGCAUCAAUUUCUAGGGAUCCUAUACACCCCUCUCACCUAACAUUCUCCCUUUAACUCCUUUUUAGACAUUUCUCAACUCUUUUUUUUUUUUUUUUUCUUUUCUUUUAAAAAUUCCUCUUGGCCUUUCCUGAAGUAGCAUAGCAGUGGAUGUGCUUCAGUGCAUGUUUUGUUCAAUCUGUGGCACCAGUUCAUGGGUGUAUGUCUUCUCUUUUUAUAAUUUCUGUUUUACAUAUUUCAUUGCAAGUCCUAAGCUGUUCAAUUAACUUCCUUUUUACUUGUGUAAAAACGUCUGUUUGCCAUUUCCCCCUUAGUUAUUGUUUGCUUGUCAUGGAUUUCAGAUAUAAAUUAUGCAAAUACAUCAAAGCUCUUUUUAUGUCAAUUUCAAAAUAAAUGUUUUGUACAGAU